AUGGCUGCAGCGAUAGCCAGCUCCUUGAUCCGGCAGAAGCGACAGGCGAGGGAGUCCAACAGCGACCGGGUGUCGGCCUCCAAGCGCCGUUCCAGCCCCAGCAAAGACGGGCGCUCCCUGUGCGAGAGGCACGUCCUCGGGGUAUUCAGCAAAGUGCGCUUCUGCAGCGGCCGCAAGAGGCCAGUGAGGCGGAGACCAGAACCCCAGCUGAAAGGAAUUGUGACAAGGUUAUUCAGCCAGCAGGGAUAUUUCCUGCAGAUGCACCCAGAUGGUACCAUUGACGGGACCAAGGACGAAAACAGUGACUACACCCUCUUCAAUCUAAUCCCUGUGGGCCUGCGUGUGGUGGCCAUCCAAGGGGUGAAGGCCAGCCUCUAUGUGGCCAUGAAUGGUGAAGGCUAUCUCUACAGCUCAGAUGUUUUCACUCCAGAAUGCAAAUUUAAGGAAUCUGUGUUUGAAAACUACUAUGUGAUCUAUUCUUCCACACUGUACCGUCAGCAAGAAUCAGGCCGAGCAUGGUUUCUGGGACUCAAUAAGGAAGGUCAAAUUAUGAAGGGGAACAGAGUGAAGAAAACCAAGCCCUCAUCACAUUUUGUACCAAAACCUAUUGAAGUGUGUAUGUACAGAGAGCCAUCACUACAUGAGAUUGGAGAAAAACAGGGGCGUUCGAGGAAAAGUUCUGGAACACCAACCAUGAAUGGAGGCAAAGUUGUGAAUCAAGAUUCAACAUAG